AUGUCACUUCCCAACACAACCGACUUCACCAACCCCUCCACCUUCAUCCUGCUGGGCAUUCCCGGCCUGGAGACGGCCCAUACAUGGAUCUCCACCAUCGCCCUCUUGGGGAACUUCAUUAUCCUAUACAUAGUGAAGAGGGAGCCAAGUCUCCAUGUGCCCAUGUACUAUUUCCUCUGCAUGCUGGCUGCCACCGACCUGGUCCUGUCCACAUCAACUGUGCCCAAGAUGCUGAACAUCUUCUGGUUCAAUUCCAGGGAGAUCGAUUUCAAUGCCUGCCUCACUCAGAUGUUCUUCAUUCACUGCUUCUUAAAGACAGAGGCUGGAAUCUGUGUGGCCAUGGCUUUGGAUCGCUACGUGGCCAUCUGCCAUCCCCUGAGACAUUCCACCAUCCUGACGAACAACAUGGUGGCCAAGAUCGGCCUGGCCAUGGUGCUGCGUGGUGGUGUUCUCUCACUGCUCUACCCCAUCCUGGCGAGGCAGUGGCCAUAUUGCCGAACCAACAUUAUCCCCCACACGCAUUGUGAGCACAUGGCCGUGGUGAAGCUGGCCUGCGCUGACAUCCGUGUCAAUAGUUACUAUGGGCUCUCUGUGACUUUCUUUGUGAUGGGUCUGGAUGUGUUUUUUAUCACUCUGUCAUAUAUCCAGAUCCUCAGGGCCAUUUUCCGCCUCCCUACCAAGGAUGCCCGGCUUAAGACUUUUGGGACCUGUGUCUCCCACCUCUGUGUCUUUUUAGCCUUUUACAUCCCAACUCUCUUCUCCUUCCUCACCCACCGGUUUGGCCACAACGUGCCCUUGUAUUACAAUGUUCUCACUGCCCAUAUGUACGUUCUAAUGCCCUCGAUGCUGAACCCCAUUAUCUAUGGGGUGAGGACCAAACAGAUCCGGGACAGGGUGCUCCGGCUUGUUACUCAUAAAGAAUAA